AUGAUGUGCGAGGUGAUGCCGACCAUCUCGGAGGACGGGCGCGGCGGGGGCGGCUCCCCGUCCUCGGCGGGCAGCGGCGGCAGCGGCGCCGGCGGGCAGAUCGGGGGCGUGGCCGGGGGCUACGGCGGCCGGGAGUCGCGGGGGGGGGGGGGCAGCGACGAGGGCGGCAGCACGGGCAACCUGGAGUCGCUGAUGGUCAACAUGCUGACGGAGCGCGAGCGGCUGCUGGAGAGCCUGCGGGACACUCAGGACUGCCUGGGCACCGCGCACCUGAGGCUCCGCGAGCUGGGCCACGAGAAGGAGACCCUGCAGAGACAGCUGUCCAUCGCCCUGCCCCAGGAGUUUGCGGUGCUGACCAAAGAGCUGAACGUGUGCCGGGAGCAGCUGCUGGAGAGAGAGGAGGAGAUCUCCGAGCUGAAGGCGGAGAGGAACAACACACGACUGCUGCUGGAGCACCUGGAGUGCCUGGUGUCGCGUCACGAGCGCAGCCUGCGCAUGACGGUGGUGAAGCGGCAGGCGCAGUCGCCGGCGGGCGUCUCCAGCGAGGUGGAGGUGCUCAAGGCCCUCAAGUCGCUGUUCGAGCACCACAAGGCCCUGGACGAGAAGGUCCGGGAGAGGCUGCGCGUGGCGCUGGAGAGGGUGUCCACCCUGGAGGAGGAGCUGCAGACCUCCUCGCAGGAGGUGCUGUCUUUAAGGGACCAAAUCAAAAGACGAACGCACGGAAUAGAAAACGGCAAAGAGCGCCUCCCGAACGGGCCGACCUCCCUAUUGGACGAGGGCGAGGCGGACCGGCAGAGGGAGAGCGAGAUCGAGCGGCAGCGGUCGGAGCUGGGCCAGCUGAAGGAGCGGCUAGCCCUCAUGUGCAGACAGGUGGGGGAGAUCGAGGAGCAGCUGACCUCAGCCCGGAGGGAGCUGACCCGAUCAGAGGAAGCCAACCUGAAGCUCCAGAGAGACGUCAAAGAGGCUCUGUGCCAACGAGAAGACAUGGAGGAGAGGAUCACCACCUUAGAACGCAGGUACCUGAGUGCCCAGCGGGAGGCGACGUCUCUCCACGACAUAAAGGACAAGCUGGAGAACGAGCUGGCCAGCAAGGACUCCCUCUACAGACAGAGCGAGGAGAAGAACCGGGGGCUCCAGGAGCGGCUGGACGACGCCAAGCAGAAGCUGCAGCAGACCCUCCAGAGAGCCGAAACCCUCCCCGAGAUCGAGGCGCAGCUCGCCCAGCGGGUGGCCGCGCUCAACAAGGCAGAGGAGCGCCAUGGGAACUUUGAGGAGCGACUCCGACAGAUGGAGGCGCAACUGGAGGAGAAGAACCAGGAGCUGCAGAGAGCGCGGCAGAGGGAGCGGAUGAACGACGAGCACAACAAGCGUCUGUCCGACACGGUGGACAAGCUUCUGUCCGAAUCCAACGAGCGGCUGCAGCUCCACCUCAAGGAGAGGAUGGCCGCCCUGGAGGACAAGAAUGCACUGUCAGAAGAACUGUCCAACAUGAAGAAGCUGCAGGACGACCUGCUGGCCAACAAGGACCAGUUGAUAGCAGAGCUGGAGAGGAUCCAGCUGGAACUGGACCAGCUGAGGGCCCGGCCCGGGGGUUCCUACUCCAGCCGCUCCCUCCCGGGCAGCGCCCUGGAGCUGAGGUUCGCCCACGGCGGGGGCUCUCUCCCGGUGGGCUUCACCACGCACAUGGAUCACUACGGCAACGCCCCCGGCGGCGCGGUGCGGAGGAGCCACCGGGCGCGCUGGAGCUCCGCCCGCGAGGACUCCACCAAGUACGCGGACUGGGACAGCGGGGCGCUGAUGGUGUCCGGGUUCGACCCGGGCCUGGAGGUGGCGUGCUCGGACGACGACGACGACCGCGACAACAUGUUCGGCUCGGAGCUGCUGUCGCCCAGCGGGCAGACGGACGUACAGACACUGGCCAUCAUGCUGCAGGAGCAGCUGGAGGCUAUCAACAAGGAGAUCAAGCUGAUCCAGGAGGAGAAGGAGAACACGGAGAUUCGGGCGGAGGAGAUCGAGAGCCGGGUGGUUGCCAUGGACGACCCCCUCAUGCCCCCCUCCUCCCUGGGGAGGGACAGCACCGGGCGGAGCUACAUCCCCUCCUCCAUCACCUCCUCCACCCUGGCCUCCCCCUCACCCCCCAGCUCCGGCCACACCACCCCCCGCCUACCCCACUCCCCCGCCCGGGAGAACGACCGACAGGUGUGA